AUGGAAGAAGAUAAUGCAGGGGAUGUAUCAAAAUUUCUGAAUGGGUUGGAGCUGGGGGAUGAUCCGAUGCAUGUCACAAUAUAUGGUAAUUUACUGCUGUUAAAUUCUGUAUCGCGUCCGAUGGAGCCAUUGAUUUUUGUGAUGGAGCGAUUUACGAUGAGAAAAGAUUCUGCCGAACAAUCAAGUUGCUCUUUUCCAUUCUCCAUCAAUUUUGCGGAUGAAUUGUUGCAACUCUACCCGACAACAUCUGAACAGCGAGAGAAAUUAAUGCUUAGGCUUGCCACAUGCUCCCACUCAAUGGCCGCCGCAACUAUGGAUGAAUUAGCAUAUAAAUUGUUUACAAUGCAGAUUCCGGAAGUCCCAGAUGAACAAGCUUCACAUGGAAGUGCCUUCCAAAAUUAUUACUUAUCCAAUCCAUUCGCCAUUACCCACAAUUUUUCGAUCGCAAAUAAGCUCAAUUUUGUCGCGCGUCAUAUCGCUUACAAAGAGGUGAUGUGGGAAACAAAACUCUCCAUCGCCCUUCCGCUUGAGCUGCUAAAGCUAUUUAGAAAGUUUGGUAAAGAUUUCACACAUUUACUGGAAGCCAAGCAGUCACAAUACCCACUGGACGAUAUUCCUGCUCUGCAAGAUGUGCUGCGGCAUGCUAGGGACAACCUCGAGAUAUAUGAACAGUGCAUCGAAUUCCUGACAAGUCAUAGCGGCCCCAACUUCCGGCCUUCAGUCGAAAAGACAAGGGUGGCCUUUGCUCCCGUACCAACAAAUUUGCAUAUCCAAUAUUUCAAUGUUGCUGGAGAAGCUCCAAAAUGUAUAAUCACAGCUGGGACGGCUUCAUGUCUACCGCUAAGAUUUGCUCAUGGAGGUCUGGAAAAGUUGACUGGCAAUCUCAAGAUCGGUGUACAAUGGACAGGGAGAUCAUAUGAAUCAAAGCAAAGCGAAAUCUCGGAAAUAAAGAAAGAGAUCGGCGAAAUGAGCCAUCGGCUCGAAGGAAGCAGAUCAACAAUCGACGAGGGAGCAUUUUAUGGAAAUCUAAUUGAGCUGACCACUGGAAUCAAACAGAUUCGUGAAAGGCUCAAUGACCUGACUAAGCGAAUCCCGGAUGCUGAUGCGCUAUCGAACUCUUUGCUUUUCGCAGCGAAAUCCAGACAACGGAAAGAAAAACUUGUGCCCGAUGCAAUUACGAAUCAAUUUGAUGCGCUGAAUGCUCAAGUCAUCUCAUUAGAUACGAAAUUGGCGACGAUGGAUGUGAUGGCCGACGAUAAAGAAUCCGUCGCUGACAAUACUCGCUCGGCAGUAGCCAGUUGCCUGGACGCAGAGCUUCUGUUGGCAGAAUCGCUCGCAGAAUGCCUCUUGCUUGGCUUUAUCCGUGCUGUUCACCACGCAAAAGCUGGACCUCAAUUUUUCCAUAUUCAACUACGACUCGAUUUCGUGCUCUCUCAAACUAUUACUAUUGCGGCAACUGCUAUGCUGACCAGGGUUGAGCAAGGCUGGCCUAUGUUAGACGGACAGCCACUACCACCUCUUCUGAUUAUAUUUUCUUGGCUAUCUGCGUAUGGAGAUGAAUGGGGAAUGCUUGAAGAUGCAACCGAAGCCUGGUCAACCCUCAGCUCGCUAGUCGCAUUCAAGUUUGUACAAGCUCCUUCAAGCGUCAGCCGGUCUUGCGUUCCAAUUGUGUCUGGGAAGAGAAAUCACAUUCUGGUCUGCCUGCCGCUUCCUCACGAUGUUUUCAAUAAGCUGCCGGAAGCCGUGAAGAGACCGGAAGGGUGGAGGAUGCAGACAGCUUAUUUUAAUCUAGCCCAGCAAUGGGGAGGUCCUGCUCUUGAAGCCCACAUCAAUCACACUGCUUUAUUGAAUAUCGAAACUUACGCAUAUCGACUGCAACUUGAUCCAAGUGCUAAGGAGGCUUUGGCUGAAUUCUCGAAUACGGUCAAGCUAGAGCCAUCUCGGAAAAACGUUGAAAUCUUCGAGCGGUUAAUGGCUGUCUCCGAAUGUUUGGGAGCACAAGUGGUCAUUGGAUGUAAGAGUGGAAAGGAUCGCACCUCCAUGGGGUUGACCCUAGAGCAAGGUCGAAGACUUCGUGAGACACAUGGACUCGAUCAGAACCAAGUGAUGGAAAUUGUUACAUGCCUACGAAAAGACGGGGUGCGACGUGAGAAUUGUCGAAAGAACAUUGGAAAGAAAGCGUAUGCUUUCAGCCCCUUCCAGAUGCAUUUUCUCCCCAAAUCACUCCGGCCGCCUUCAGGAACCUACGCAGCAAACGCAUCUAGU